AUGAACAUUUAUUUAAAAAAAGAAGAAUGGCUAGCAAAACUUGCAUAUCUGACGGAUAUAUUUGCUCACUUAAAUGAGCUCAAUAGAAAAAUGAAAGGCAGAAAUUCCAAUAUUUUGACAUCGUCGGAUAAAAUUGAAAGCUUUCGCGCUAAAUUGGAACUAUGGAUCAGUCUUGCUACGAAUGGUAAUAAUGAAAUGUUCCCAAAUGUCAUUGCAGCUGACAUAGAACAAAAGGUGCAGGCUUUGAUUGUCAAACACUUAAAGCUUCUUGCAGAGAAAAUGAAUUUCUAUUUCCCUAAGCGUGAUCUGUAA